CACUUCCGGGGCGGCCCCGCGGCGCGCGCGCAAAGAUGGCGACGCCCUAUGUGACGGACGAGACCGGCCGGUACAUCCCCUCCACGCAGCGCCCGGACGGGACGUGGCGGAAGCAGCGCCGGGUCAAGGAGGGCUACGUGCCCCAGGAGGAGGUGCCCGUCUACGAGAACAAAUACGUGAAAUUCUUCCGGAGCAAACCCGAACUGCCGCCGGGUUUGAGCCCCGAGGCCGCCCCUUCCCCACCGGGCCGAGGGACCCCCGGGAGGCCCGAGGGCGGCUGCGACCCCUCCCCAGCUUUAUCCAAAAGCGCCCGCAGGAACCUGAAACGCAAAGAGAAAAGGAAACAGCAGCAGGAAAAAGAUCGGGAAAACCACGGGGACGGACUGAGCCAGGAGCUGGAAAAAAUCGGGCUGGGAGGAGGAGGAGGAGGAGGAGGAGGAGGAGGAGAGAGCGAGAAUGGAGGAGGAGGAGGGACAGCGGGAGGGGAGAAAAACGUGGAAAACGCCGGGAAUUCCGGCAAGAAUUCGGGGAAAAAUUCCGGCAAGAAUUCUGGGAAAAAUUCAGCAGAUUCUGGGAAGAAUUCGAGCAAGAAUUCAGCAGAUUCUGGGAAGAAUUCGAGCAAAAAUUCAGCAGAUUCUGGGAAGAAUUUGAGCAAAAAUUCAGCAGAUUCUGGGAAGAAUUCGAGCAAGAAUUCAGCAGAUUCUGGGAAGAAUUCAGCGAAUUCCGGCGAAAACCCCGGGAUUAAAUCGGGGAAUAAUUCCGGGAAUAAUUCGGGGAGUAACACUGGGAAUUCCGGGAGUAAUUCAGGGGGUAAUUUGCGGGAUAAUGCCGGCAAUAAUUUAGGGGGUAACCUCGGGAAUUGCGGAGCUAAUUCCGGCAGCGAUCGGGGCAGUGAGGCGGCCGGGCUGCGGCCGGGCAGCGCGGGCAGCGCGGAGCGCGGCCGCCGCAUGAAGAGCCUGCGCAAGAAGCUGCGGCAGGUGCAGGAGCUGCAGCUGCGCCUGGAGCGGGGCGCGCUGGCCGAGCCCAGCCGCGAGCAGCUGGACAAGCUGGCCCGGAGGAGGGCGCUGGAGGAGGAACUCAGGGCGCUGGAGCUGGACUCGUAAAUU